ACGGUUUUGGUCAUUCGAUGCACGUGUCGACAUACUGCUAUCAUUCAAGUUGACUGGUCGCCACUUUAAUUUCGUACUCAAAACAACAAAAUCAUUGCCGAAAAGAAUAUUCAAUAGUCCUAAUCUUUUUUUUAGAUCCGACAUCGAAACGCUACAAUUUCAAUUGACUUUUGAAAUUCCACAUAUUCGUGUUCGCGCACAAUAUCGUUCAUCUGGCGUUCUAAUUUUGGUUAAAGCUAGUGGUUCUGGAGAGUAUUGGGGAGAAUAUGAUGGCGUAAAGGCCAAGGUUUACUUCAAAGCCAUUCCGAUUGACCAAAUUGACGGAAUGACUUAUUUGCGUGUUGAAGAGGCCAAAAUGGAUUUCAGUGUUAAAAACAUUCAAAUGGGCGUCGACAAUGUUGCUGGCGGCAAUGCUGUGAUCCAAGCUGCUCUUAAUUUAUUUAUAAAUUCCAAUGCACAAGAGUUGUUAAAGGAAAUGAAACCAGCUCUUCGUUCAAAAUUCACCACUGUAUUGCAUUCGUUUAUCGAUCGAUUAUUCGAACGCAUCCCAAUGGAACAUUUCUUAGUUUAAUAAUUUAUUCAUCAUUUUUAAGUCACAUUUUAUAUUUAAGAACAUUUUUUUUCUGUUAUUGAAAUACAAGAUAAGAGAUAUGCUUCGUUGUUCUUCUUUAAUGUUCGUCUUUGUAUUUGUUUAAGAAUUCAUUUCGUUUUGUAAAAAAAUAUAUCCCGAAAUCA